UGCGUCCCUGCACCCACGACCCCGGCUGCUCCUCGAGAAGCGGGUUCAGGGAUCCUGCGCGGCCCUCUGUGAUACCUAGCGGCAAGGACGGCUGCCAGGAGGAGCCCCCCUUCCUCAGACCGCCCGCAGUGACAGUCAAAAAGCUGCAGAAGUGGAUGUACAAAGGUCGCCUGCUGUCGCUGGGAAUGAAGGGUCGCGCCCGAGGGCCAGCCCCGAAGGUCUCGGGAGCGCAGGCAGCCUCUUCAAAUCCGAGCACCCUCAAAGUGCAUGGAAACCGUGACGUUUCGGUGGCUCCAGAGGAAAGAAUCACACUGACAGAUUUAUUUGAAGAUGUCUAUGGGUCUUCAAUGAAGAGAAGAGAACUUGAAGAUCUGAAAGAUAAUGUAGAAUUCAGAGGUCACAAGCCACUUAACAACAUUACUGUUUCAAAAAAACGCAACUGGCUCUAUCAGAGUAGUCUGAGAGCUCUUAGUCUGGAAGAAGAAAAUAAAAAAUACCAAAAUAGAAGCAAUUUAUCAUUCUCACCUGUGACUCCAUCUUACCAUCAGCUAUCACAGCCUUUCCUUAAAUCACCUGAAGAAUAUUGUACAUACAUGGUAUGUAAUGCUACAAGCUCUUCAUUAUCAAGAAACUGUUCUUUAGAUUUUAAUGAGGACAAUGAUGCAGAUGAUGAAGGAGAAAUAUGGUACAAUCCUAUUCCUGAGGAUGAUGACCUUGGCACGUCAAGUGCCUUGACUUUUAGAGAGGCAAACCCUGCUGUUCUACAGCUCCCUGUCACGAGUUUGCACAAACCCUCUAGUAGUGACCUAAUGAAAGCAGAGCAGUAUACUGAAGAUUUGUUGUGCUCUUCUGAAAACAUGGGUGAUAUUCAGACCAUGCAGUUGAAUGAAAUGAAUCCUAUAAAUUCCAUCAAUUCCACAGAACCUAUGCAGCAGCACAAGCAGAGGCUAGGAGGAUACAAGACGCAAGAAGGUAUAAUGGUGGAGGACUGUUCCAUGUUCAAAUCUCCUUUUGCAGGUCCUGGGAUCUUAGCUGCUGCAAAUAGGACUGAAUUGGGAGUUAUAGAACCAUCUUCACCAAGUCCUAGCCCUGUGAAAAAAGGCAGUUCAAUUAAUUGGUCUUUACCAGAUAAAAUAAAAUCUCCACGAACUGUGAGGAAACUUUCCAUGAAAAUGAAAAAGUUGCCAGAAUUUAGUCGAAAGCUAAGUGUUAAGGGAACCUUGAAUUAUAUACACAGCCCAUAUAGUACUCCUUCCUUGUCUAAGUGUAACUGUAGAGAAGUUCAUCAUGCUGUUAUUCUACCUUCUGGGAAUACUACCACAGCUGCUAAGAGGAAUGUUAUAAGCCGGUACCAUCUUGAUACUACUGUGUCUUCUCAGCACAGCUACCAGAAGAAAACUUUGAAUUCAAAGUAUUCCUGCAGAGGUGGUUAUCUCAGUGAUGGAGACUCACCUGAACUUAUAACUAAAUCUAGCAAACAUGGACCUGAAAACAAAUUUGGAAAAGGAAAAGAAAUCAUUCCAAGUAGUUGUAACAAAAAUGAAAUAGACAUAGAUGCUUUUAGACAUUAUAGCUUUUCUGAUCAACCUAAGUGUAUACAGUACAUAUCUGGGCUCAUGAGUGUGCAUUUCUAUGGUGCUGAGGAUUUAAAACCCCCUCGGAUAGAUUCAAAAGAUGUCUUCUGUGCAAUUCAGGUAGAUUCAGUAAACAAAGCAAGAACAGCUUUGCUUACAUGUCGGACAACAUUUUUAGACAUGGAUCACACUUUCAACAUAGAAAUUGAAAAUGCACAACAUUUGAAAUUAGUAGUAUUCAGUUGGGAGCCCACUCCAAGAAAAAAUCGAGUGUGUUGUCAUGGAACUGUUGUUCUCCCCACUUUGUUCAGAGUGACAAAGACACAUCAGUUGGCUGUUAAACUUGAACCAAGAGGUCUUAUUUAUUUGAAAAUGACUCUUAUGGAACAGUGGGAGAAUUCUCUUCAUGGAGUAGAUAAAAAUCGAGGUUCAGUAAUAUUUGGUGUUGACAUUCAAAAAGUUGUAGAAAGAGAAAAUGUAGGAUUGAUGGUGCCACUCUUGAUACAGAAAUGUAUUAUGGAAAUUGAAAACAGAGGUUGUCAGUCCUUCUCUUUGGAAGUGAAAAACUUACACUUUCUUUGCUCUGGGAUUAUAUGGAGGCCAAGGAGAGGUCCUGCUAAUAAGAACAUAUUUCAUUCCUUUUUAAAUAAGGCAAAGGUAGUAGGCCUGUAUCGAUUAUGUGGUUCAGCAGCAGUCAAGAAAGAACUUCGAGAGGCUUUUGAGAGGGAUAGCAAAGCUGUUGGUCUUUGUGAAAACCAGUAUCCAGAUAUAAAUGUAAUAACAGGUGUUCUUAAGGAUUACUUAAGAGAGCUUCCUUCUCCUCUGAUAACAAAGCAGCUUUAUGAGGCUGUACUAGAUACAAUGGUAAAAAGUCCUUUGAAAAUGUCAUCAGGUGGUUGUGAGAAUGAUCCUUGUGAUUCUAAGUGCACUGUUGAUCUGUUGAAUUGUCUGCCAGAUGUUGAGAAGGCAACCCUAAAGAUGUUGUUGGACCAUUUGAAAUUAGUGGCUUCUUAUCAUGAAGUGAAUAAGAUGACCUGUCAGAAUUUGGCUGUGUGCUUUGGACCAGUGUUACUAAGUCAGAGGCAAGAGACUUCUACACAUAACAACAGAGUCUUUACUGAUUCAGAAGAACUUGCAAGUGCUUUGGAUUUUAAAAAACAUAUUGAAGUUCUUCACUACUUACUCCAACUCUGGCCAGUGCAACAUUUAACUGUGAAAGAAUCAGCAAACACUUUGUUCCCAGAGCAGUCAUCUUCUCUGAACUAUCUGAGGCGGAAGAAAGAACGACCUCACAUGUUAAAUUUGAGUAGUACAGAUUCAUCAGGAGUACUUAGGCCAAGGCAGACCAGAUUAGACAGUCCACUUAGCAAUCGUUAUGCGGGAGACUGGAGCAGCUGUGGAGAAAACUACAUUUUAAAUAAAAAAGUAAAUUUAAAUGAUGUGGAUUAUGAUGAUGUACCUUCAGAAGAUAGAGAAGAUUAUAGCAAAAUGGAUGGAUCAGAAGUGAUGCUUGAACAGCCAAUUUCCACAUCCAGAGAGUGCACAUUUCAGUCAUAUUUGACAAUGCAGACAAUUGAGUCUACAGUGGAUCGAAAAGUUAAUCUCAAAGAUCUACAAGAGAGUAUUGAUACUUUGAUUGGCAAUCUGGAACGUGAGCUCAACAAAAACAAACUUAACAUGAGUAUUUGAAAUUGAGGGAUUUUAUCUGGUUUUUAAUAAUGUCUUAAAGUUUCAUAUUACUCCUCAUUUUCUUAUACCUCUCAUGGUGUUUUUUAAAAAAAUUUUUUAGUCCUGAACCUUCAAUUAAUUUCUAGUAAGUUCAUAUGAUUCAAUUAGAGACACUAUCCAGUAAUAUAAUUUCUACUAAUCUUGUGAGAAAAUUUCUCUAGGGGUAAAGGUAACUGGACUUUUUGAAUAUUUUAAUAAACCUUGCCAGUUCUGUGGAGGUAACUUUCUAAUGCACUUAUAAGGUUCAGGUAAGUUAUUAGCUCAAGGUUUUAUAUUUUAUAGGAACUGCUUUUCUGUAGCUGAGACAGACGUUCCUUUUAGGAAUAAGUUGUUCCAGAGGAACAUUGCAGCUGCCCAGUCUGACUUGCAGUAGGAAUCCUUAUACACCGCAAUAUCAUGUGGUCUCAUUUCAUUUGCAAUGCAAAAUGCUGCUAUAAGAAAACCUUUUUAUAAAUAAAAGUAAAAUUAUACAAAUAAUGUAUUCUGUAUUAACAUUCAGUAAUUAUUUAAGCUUAUGCAAAUUAAAUAUUUUUAUAAUCCUGAAAAUAUGUGUAUAUUUUAAGUGCAUAUAUGUAUAGGUAUUAAAAUGAGAGGAGGGGUUGACUGUAGAAUCACAUGUACUUUUUUUUUUUGUUACUGGGGAUUGAGCUCGGUACCUUGUGCUUGUGAGGCAGGCAGUGGCACCACUGUCACAUGUACUUUUUAAGAUAUAUAUGUCAUAGGACCAACAUUAUUAGCUAAAAAUGUCUUUUUCAGGGAAAGGACAUUUAAGUUAAAGGAAGAUUUACAUAAAAACACUUGAAUAAAAACACUCUAGAAGCAUCUGAGUAGAAAUAAUAGACUCUCUUUUUGAUUUAUAGAUAGUCACAGUAUUCUCUGUGAAAAGUCAUCUUUUAAAGUGACAAAAUCCUUCUUUAACUGAUAAAGUGACAAGCUUUCUGCACUAGUAACUUAGAUUUGAACUUUCAACUCUGCUAUGCAUUCUUGAAUUUGGUGAUGGUGUUAAAUAUUUAUUUUAAUAGCACAUUUAUAAUGUUGACUUUAUAAUUACCCCCUUUGUUUCUAAAGAAAUCAUCUUGCCAGCAUAUUACAUGGCACUGAUUUUUUAAAAGUAAUUUAUUUGGACUAAAUACAUCUGUAAGUUCUCAUAGCUAUCACAGCAGUAUUUGAAGAUGUAAGUUUGGAAGACUUAAAAUUGGAAUGUAUUUUUUAAACAUACCUACAGAAUGUGUAAUUUUAAAAUUAUAAAUAAAAUUUAAAUUACUAACUUUAAGGUAUAACUGCUGUUUAAAAAACUGACUUCCUCAUGUUUUUCUAAAUAUGAUAGUAUUGAACUAUUUCCAAGCAAUACACAUUGGUAAACAGAGCACCUUAUUUUGAGAGGCCAUCAAUGAAAAUACAAGUAUCUUUUUUAUAUGAAAUUUUCAUUUUUUAAAGCUUUUUUAAUGAUUUAGAAUAAAAAACAAUAACAACAACAACAAAGUGAUAGGUGUAUGUCAUGAGUAAACAAGACAGUACUGUUGGAACCAGGCAUGGGAGGAUCGUCAAGAGUUUGAGGCCAGCCUGAGCUGCACAGUAAAUUCAAGUCCAGGCUGACCUACAUACUACUGCCUCAAAAAAUAUAAACCAAAAAAAUUUUUAAAUAUACUGUUAAAAGUUUUGUGAGAAUAUGUUUUCUUCCUUUUGUUUAUUGUAUCAUGCAUAUUAUAUGAAUUGAAAAGUUCUUCCAGAAAUAUAAAAAUUGUAUUAAA